AGUAUAUUUUUCGCACGCCUCUAGCUAGACUAUUUUUGUGUUAUACUUGAGGUUUCAGUGCAUACAUGAUUAAAAUUGAAAAAAAAAUAGUUGAAAUAAUUUUACGUGUGUUUGCAACUUAGGUUCGAAUUUUAUUUUUUUUUUUUCUUUAAUCUAAUAAAUACAUUUGGAUGUCUUUUGAAGACCGUCGAUUCUCCGAUGCUAGGAGAGGCAGUAUUAGCGGCUUCAUAAACAAAAAGAGAUUUCUUGUCAAAACAGAACGGAGUGGAAAUGUGUACGUUCACGUUCAGGGAGAUCUUACUCAGCAAGAUAAAAGGGCCAUAUUUCUUACUGUACAUGACCUAGGAUGUAAUCAUGUAUCUUUUGAAAACUUUGUUAACCAACCAUGCAUGAGCGAAAUAAAAGACCGAUCAAUAUUUAUUCAUAUUGAUGUUCCUGGACAUGAAGAUAAUGGUGAUACUCUUCCAGACUCUUUCCAAUUUCCAUCACUACAAGUUCUGGGUGAAGACUUGGUAGCCGUUUUGGACACAUUGCAUAUACGUUAUGUUAUUGGACUGGGUGAAGGAGCCGGAGCUAAUGUAGUAGCAAGGUUUGGAUUAGCACAUCCAUCUCGCGUCCUUGGCCUCAUUCUUAUAAAUUGUACUGGUUCGGCAACUUCAGUUAAGGAGAAUUUUAAAUCAAAAUUUGUUAACUGGAAAGGGAAAGUACAAGUAAGCCAAUCAGCAAUGGACUAUUUGGUUUUCCACAAAUUCGGACAUCAACUGAUGAAUGAGACGAAUCCCGAUAAAGAGUUAGUAAUUAAUGAGUUUGUGAAACGUCUACAAGGCACUAUCAACUCUAAAAAUCUUAAACAAUAUGUUAACGCUUUUCUAAACCGCAAAGAUCUAAUGCUUAAAGACUAUAAACAAGAUAUUUUAUUGGUCACUGGUGUACUGGGUUCAUAUGCUAACGUCGUAGAAAAAUUACAUCGAGACUUAAAUAAAAAUAAAGCCACAUUGUUGAAAAUAGAAAGAGCAGGGGACGUUUUAGCAGAAGCUCCAGCCAAAAUGGCUCAAAGCAUUCUACUAUUUUGCAAGGGACAAGGACUUCUUACAUCAGUAACUCUACCUGGAAUUGAAAGACAGCGUACUUUUUCUGGUAGCUCAUCAGAUGGCGAACGACCGAGGCGAAGCUUGUCUCGUGGUAUGAGUAUGGAAGAUUAUGAUAGACCGAAUAUCCGACGACUUUCCAUAUCCGUUAAUGAAAAUCUACCGUCACCUAAAUAAAAAUCACUAUAAAUACAGCAUAUAAGACCGACGACCGUCAUAUGCUAUUUGACUACAACCAUGU